CCAUGCUCAAAUAACAGCCUCCCGUACCAGUUUUAGAGUUGACGGCGAUUUUUCUUACUUUAUCUCCUUUCUAUUCAUCUCUCUUUCUCUCUCUCUCUCUCGUUACUAUGCAAUUGACGAGACAAAGCUUUCAAUUCCUUCCAAGUUCGUAAACUAGCUAAGCGUCCUUUCCGGACCCAAAGGAACGCCAAAACCCUAGCUAAUUAACUUCUCCCCUUCUCUCUCUCUCUCCGGUCGGAAUUCAGCUGAAUUCCCGAUUUCGAGCACUCCGAAUAAGAAGAUCAUUUUUUGUAUUAUGGACGAUGGGGAUCAAUCCGAUUCAACGAUCGUGUUUGCUGGUGACUCAAGCUGGGCGCUCAGGUCUGACUCCGAUGGAGUCUACUUCUUCACCAACCACCGAGAAAGCAGCAUACUCAGUGAGUUCAACUGGAAUCUUCAUCCGGAUGAUCAGAACCGGAAUAUUGGCUUCUGCGAUGGAUCUGAUUUGGCGGGAGGCUUAGGAUUCCCGGACGUCGAUAACAAGUGCAAUAACAGCAACAACGCCUUGCAAAGCUCCGACCCGCCCCUUCUAGUUGGUUCAGAGAGUAAAGCGGGUGGAAACACAGCCCCGAUCAACCCUUCGGUGUCUUCCAGCUCAAGCGAAGGUCCGCCGGAGAAGUCCACGGGCUCCUGCAUAACACCGCCCGAGAAACCGAAUAAGGUUAGAAAGAGAGGGCAAAAGCGAGUCCAGCAGCCACGUUUUGCGUUUGUGACGAAGAGCGAGGUUGAUCAUCUUCAAGAUGGCUACCGAUGGCGCAAAUAUGGACAGAAGGCUGUUAAAAAUAGCCCAUUUCCUAGGAGCUACUACCGCUGCACAAAUAGCAGAUGCACCGUAAAGAAGAGAGUGGAACGCUCAUCUGAAGAUCCCACUGUCAUAAUAACAACAUACGAAGGCCAACAUUGUCAUCACACAGUACUUGGAUUUCCCCGAUCAGGUCAUGGAGUCAUUAAUAUUCAUGAUCAGAACUUUAUAACUAGUAGUACUAGUGGUACUAGUACUACUGCUGGGCAGUUGGGCGCUGCUCCUCUGGUUUCACAAUUUUAUUAUCCAAAAGUUCUUCAUGAGUUACCUAAAGAUCAAAAUCCUUUUAGCACGACACAUGAGUACUACUCAACUCAUCAUUAUCAUCAACAGAUCAUACCACAUCAUGAAGUUGGUAAAAUAUCCCAUGCAUUUCCAGAACCAAUCCCACUAAAGCUGGCUCCUACUGAUGAAGGACUACUUGGGGACAUGGUACCUCCUAACAUGCGCAACCGAUCAUAAUAAGAAAGCAUGAACUAUAUAUGGGUGACCUUUGCUCCCUUACAACAACUGCUUGUAUUGGAGCACGCACUGACGAUCGAGAUCAGCCAUCCACGCGUAGUAAUGAUAUAGCAUUAUGCAUGCAUGGCAGGACAUGAAUGAUAUGCUAAUUCUGAUUAUGAUAUAUAAAUACUGUGAAUUUAUAAUUGCUAAUUACCCGAUCUUUCUCAAAUUUCUAUCUCGAACUUCAAUGAUUAAACACUGUCGAUUUGUACAGGACAUGCAUGCUGUGGGUAGAUGGAACUAUAGCUAGCAGACAGUAGUACUAUAUCCAUCUUCAAAUUAGACAUUAAUGUAAUGACAAAAGCAAUUUUCA